UCUCGGCAGGUUCUUGGCGGCUCCUCUGGUGCUGGCCGCGGUGCGGCCGAAGGCUGUCCGAGGUAGGCUCCUCUCGGCUCUCCCAUGGAGAAGGCGGCGCUCACUGCAGUCCCGGAUGCACGAACUUCCCGCGGGACGUCGCCGGAGUCGGUGGCUGUGUGCGCGCAGGAGCGAGCUGCCUGCGUGGGGGUCUGAGCGGGCACCGGGGUCGCGUCCCGGAGGGACCCGCGUCGCUCGCCGGCCUGCGACGGCCCUAAGGUAGCUACUUCCUGUAAGCAAACACUAGGGCCGAGGUGCGGGCUGUCUCAGACGCCUGAGGUCGGAGAAGGGCCCCAGGGGCGACUUUUUUUUUUUUUCAUGUGUUCUGAGGACGACGCAGCUUCCCUUGUGAUCCGCAGUGAGGAAGUCCAUGGUGAGUCGGAUUGAUUGCCAUUCAAUCCGGCGGAAGUCUGGCUGGUUGGCCCUGGCCGGUCGCGUACUCGAUAAGUUCUGGUGGAACUACUCUGCCGUGGUUAAAUACUUUAAAUGGGAAUAAAGGAUAGCAUUUCCAAGAAAAUGAGAAUGAAUAAAUCAUCUCUGUUUUUUAAAAGAAAGACCAUAUUAAGCAUACAUGUUUGAGGACUGCAUCAUCCUGUCUCCAGUACAAGUAGUUUCUCUGUUUGGUGAUCAAUGUCACUCACAGGAACUUAAGUAACUAACGAAAUGAGCCUGGGGCGUGGAAAAUAUGACUUUUAUAUUGGUCUGGGAUUGGCUAUGACCUCCAGCAUUUUCAUUGGAGGGAGUUUCAUUUUGAAAAAAAAAGGCCUUCUGCGACUUGCCAGAAAAGGCUCCAUGAGAGCAGGUCAAGGAGGCCAUGCAUAUCUUAAGGAAUGGUUGUGGUGGGCUGGACUGCUAUCAAUGGGAGCUGGUGAAGUGGCCAAUUUUGCUGCAUAUGCAUUUGCUCCGGCCACACUAGUAACUCCACUAGGUGCGCUCAGUGUCCUCGUAAGUGCCAUUCUGUCUUCAUACUUCCUAAAUGAAAGACUUAAUCUUCAUGGGAAAAUUGGGUGUCUGCUAAGUAUUCUAGGGUCUACAGUUAUGGUCAUUCAUGCUCCAAAGGAAGAAGAGAUUGAGACCUUAAAUGAAAUGUCUCAUAAGUUAGGUGAUCCAGGUUUUGUGGUCUUUGCAACAUUUGUGGUCAUUGUGGCCUUGAUAUUCAUCUUUGUGGUGGGACCUCGACACGGACAGACAAACAUUCUUGUGUAUAUAACAAUCUGCUCUGUGAUUGGAGCAUUUUCAGUCUCCUGUGUGAAGGGUUUGGGUAUCACCAUAAAAGAGUUAUUGGCUGGAAAGCCUGUCCUGCAGCACCCCCUCGCCUGGAUUCUGCUGCUUAGUCUUGUGGUCUGUGUGAGCACACAGAUUAAUUACCUAAACCGCGCUUUGGACAUCUUCAACACUUCCAUUGUGACUCCAAUAUACUAUGUGUUCUUCACAACUUCAGUUUUGACUUGUUCAGCUAUUCUUUUUAAAGAAUGGCAAGAUAUGCCUGUUGAUGAUGUCAUUGGGACUUUGAGUGGCUUCUUCACAAUCAUUGUGGGGAUAUUUUUGUUGCAUGCCUUUAAAGAUGUCAGUUUUAGUUUAGCAAGUCUGCCAGUAUCUUUUCGAAAAGAUGAAAAGGCAAUGAAUGGCAAUCUUUCUAAUAUGUAUGAAGUUCUUAAUAAUAAUGAAGAAGACUUACCCUGUGGAAUCGAACACACUGGUGAAAAUAUCUCCCGUAGAAAUGGAAAUCUGACAUCUUUUUAAGGAUAUGUUUGAAAAGUUAAACCUAUAAUUCUGUUAUAAAGUGAUUUUUGAGUAUCAGAAUGUAUCUGAAAAAAAUUAUCCUCAAAUAAUGUCCUCUAAAGACAAUCUUUUUUUAAGUUUUCACUAAUUUGGAUCAAGAAAUUACUUUUCUUAUAUUUAAACAAUGGUAGCUCACUAAUAUGACCUCAGUACAUGGCUAAUUUCUAAUAACAUUGUAUUAUUGUAAAGAUAUUUUACAUUUUUAUUCAUUCUCCAGAAAUCUAAAUGCACUAAUGACAAUUUUAAGCAUAUAAAAAUGUUUCAUUUUUUCCCAUUGGUGAUGAACAUUAAAAUGUACAUUUGCGAUCCCCAAUUCAUCGAUACCUCAUCAUACUAAGGCUUUUUGAUUAUGAAGAUAUGUGUGUGUGAUUCCAAGAAAAUAAUUCUCAGGUGGUGAUUUGUCACCCAAACAUCUGGUUUCCCACACACAUCUGCUGGCCACCUUUUAGAAAAACCCCACUGUGCUAUCAGUCAGUACUUGUUGUUUCCAUAGUGACUGGAUCUCUGUCAUCUUAUGUGAGCUCUUGGACCUUUCAGUGUGUGUUCAGAAUGGAUUAGAUUGUCAUUCAGCCCUUAACUCUGGGAUGUCAACAGAAACUCUUGUGGCUUCUUAAAUUUAGAAACUCAUCUUGCAUAAAAUGACAAAUUGGAACAAAGUCCUUAUUCUGAUUGUAAAUGCUUAGAUUUAAAAUGUUUUACAUAGGUCUCUUUGAACCAAGUGGUUUAUUUUGCUUCAGAGUUUGUAUUUUGGUUGUCUUUUUUAGAAACUGAAAAAAUGUUUAUAGAAAAAUGCAAACAGGUACAAAAAGGUUAGGCCAGUGUAAGGAACAUUCUCCAGCUUCAGACCUGCCCAUUUCAAAGUCAUGUAUUAGCUUCAAAAAUCACCCCCCUCCAUCCUACCCCUCACUGAUAGGAAGAACUAAGGUUUGGGUCUAUGCCUGUUACCUGUUCCUGCCCAUGGUUGUAGAGUGGCUUAGUACUGGUUUUGUGAAAAUUUUUUUUUUUUUUUGUUUUGGAGUGGGGUUAGCUUUGUUCUAUUAAUUGGCACUCUUAAGGACUCUGCCUGCCUCCCUCUGUGUAAGUCCUUUUUGGGCCAUACUCAGUGUCAUUCACAGGAUCUUGUAUAUUCUACAUAAAUGUUCUAAAAUUGAGCUACAUUUACAGUCUUCUUAUAUAACUUAAAUGCCAGAGAGAAUAGGUUUCCCCCUCACCCUCACAGAUAUAAUUUAUGUCUGUUUUAAGUACUGUAUCUAUGUCUUAUUUUGCACAUAAAAAAAAAAAAAAAAGCCAAUGUUCAUUCCCUUGGGGGUGAAAAGUUUCCACAUUGAGAAUGUGUGUUGUAUGUACACUUUUAUACGUACAUAAUCUUGUACGCAAGCAUUUUAUUUGGCCUAUCACUUGGUAAUAUAGUUGUUAACUUUUAAAAUCUACACUUCAUAGGGUCAGUACAGACGCCAUUAUGACUAUUCAUAUCAACAAAAAUAUUUUAGGUAACUUUUUGAUAAAUAGGCUUGUUUAAAAUGUAACUCAGGUUUACAGUACAGCUGAAUAGUACCUGUGUUUUAUUUUCUGUGUAAAAUAAAGCUCGACGCUUUUGGACUUUGGUGUUUUCCAGCCCAA